AUGUCAGGCCAUGAAUCCGUUCUCCCUGUUUCCCCUCGCCUAGAUGGUUUGCCUAAUGAACUGGUCUCUGAGAUUGCUGUUUGCGGACAACUACUCUGGCUCGCCGCUGCAUGCGGCCCCCAUGCAGCAGCUACCGACAUAACGCGGUCGCCGCCCGUAAUAUUCGAUCGAGACGAUUGUCGCGGCGUAACCGCCGCCACGGUUCCGGAGUGUCUGUGGGAUGCCCCGCUGCCCCCUCAGCAGCCCGCUCAUGCGCUUAUGCAUACGUGCUCUCGGCUGUAUCGCGCUCUGCGGAAUAACAUCGCAGUCUGGCAACGGACUGCUAACACUCUCUGGCACUCCUUGGGUUGCAUGGCAGGGGAGCGCACGCCGGCUCUGGCUUCGCUCGCCGCCGUCGGCGCCCGCUUCCAUUACAAUAGCGACGUUCUCGUGACUGGACGGGUCUGUUCUUGCAUUAUCUCCGGAAUUCGCCACUUUUACCCCGCCUUGCGGGUCGUCAAGAUUUCCCUGCCAUGGGCAGAUUUCGCUCAGCCGAUAAAGCAGACGAUCGCACCAUUCUUUAUAUUACACCACAGUCAGGCCGCCAGUCCCCUUGAAUACUUUGAACUGGAACUUCACGAGGACCGAUACACCUCCGCAGAGUUCAUUACUGCACGCAGCAGCCCCGCUGUGAAAUACUGUCUGGUGAAGAAUCUCUCCGUCUUCUAUUAUGGAUCGCUACUCCGUAUACUCCGCAUACUUUUUCCUCCUGGAAACUGCCACUACUUCGGCCCGAACCUUCUGAACGCCCUGAACGAAUGUCGCGCUCUGGAGUUUCUUACGAUAGACGCAGGGAGUUGUGAACUCAUCGAGGCCGCUUUAGGCCAGCCCUUCGAAGAUGAACUUCCAGAUGCCGUUUAUCUGCAGUAUCUGCAGUAUCUACGCCUCGCGCUACUCCCCAGUUUCUGUAGCCAGCUUCUGCAGCGCUUUGUCCUUCCACCGACAAUCGAUAUGCACCUUGAGCCUACCGUAAACUGGAGGGCCGGUGUAGAGCACAACGCCCAUGCCACCUCAGCCCCUCUGCCGGCUGGUAUCUCUCUGUGGCAGUAUGCCGCAGCUCUCGCAGCGCCCGCACAAGCUCGAGCAUUGUUCAAUAUGCCAGCGCAAUUCAUCGCUCCAGUCAGCGGGAGAGAGUUCGAUAUUCUCCAAGAUCUCUCGAUAAUUGGUAUGGACAUUCGACCGGAUCCUGCACACCAGCGCAGCUGCGAUGAAUAUAUGCUUCCCGAGUCGAUUGGGUUUUCCCUGGCGUCGAGCGAGCGCGACAUUGCAGACGUUCAAAGGGAUGCGACGCGUGGAUCUCGGUCCACCGCAGAGGCGCAUGAAGGGCUUCGGCCGAGGAGGAGCCUCACAGUGAGAGACGCGGCGAUUGGCGCAGGAGAUUGGGACCUGAUGUUGCGCCAGUGGCCCUCAGGAGUCGGCCUGGCGUUGGUGAAACAUGUCGGUCGAACGCUCACGGCGGGUCAAAUGCAAACGGCAUUUCAAGGUUUUCCGUCUACGCGCCACCUUGUGAUUGCCGGCACAUCGUGGCUUCCACAAACAGCUCGGGGCUGGGAAGCAGCGCUGAGCGCACUCAGCGGCAUCACGCGGCUGACUAUUCGAGGAGGGCAGCUUACGAACGUUCAAGCUCUCGUGGAGCACCUGCAGGCCGUGGACAAAACGACGCCGAUGCCGCAUCUGCAGGGGAUAUGCUUGCCACGUUACUUGUCCGACGAAGGGGUAGCUUCGGCAUCUGUGCUUGCUCUGGCAACCGUAUCGAACGCUCCGCGUCGCCUACAAUCGGGAGCCUCUGUCAUACAGUGGACGUUUGGUACCUGA